AUGUUCCCGUUGGCCUUCAAUACCGUCCGUAAACCCCCCACAACGGGGGAAACAGUCACCACAGCAUCACCUCUAUUUCUUAGUAGAACCCUCUUCUCUCUUCCCAUCUCUACUCAUACCAAUAGUAAUAGUACUAAUAAUAGUACUCAUACUCCAAUAGGAGAAGAAGAAGAAGUUAUUGAUAGAGUGGUGGGAUCCCAAUCAUCUUCUUCAACACUAAUGGCGUUUCCUCUCGAUGGUCAUCAUCUCUUUAUCUUGUGUGGAACUCACAUCCCUACUAACAACAACAACAGCAGUUGUAGUGAUAGAAGUAGAAGUAGUAGUGUUGCGGUUUCCACUAUCUUUGUAGUGCGGUUCUCUGCAGAGGGUGAACCGAAUGCCACCCGCAGGGCACUGCCCAUUGCAGCGAUAUCCGGUUGUGUGCAGGACCGCAGUCGUUAUGUAUACAAGCGAGAAGAGAGGAAAUCGGCAAGUACAACAGGUAAGGAUGAGAAGGAAUGUGAAGAGGAACGAUUAGUGGGAACUUCUUCAUUAACGUUGAAGACUUCAUCUGGAGUAGAGAGUUGUAGUAAAUUUAUAUUGGGAAAAGAAGAAAAUGAAAAUGAAAGUAUAGAGAAGAAUAAGAAAGAAACAGGAGUCAACACAAUAUCUUCACAACAAAUUCAUCCUUUCCUUAUUGCAGAUGCUGUCAUGCAUGCUAUUUGGGCUGUAGAAGUGAAUACGGAAACUUUAUCAGCCCAUGUGAUUUCCCCACAGGACUACUGGAGUCUCUGGAAUAAAUGUAAUCAUACAACUGAAAAGGGAAUUUCACAAUCAUCAUUAUCAUUAUCAUCAUCACAACCAACACCGCAGGUAUGGAAUCAAGAAAAACCAGAAGAAUGUUUAAACUCAUUCGUGAGACCAAAGGCACUCUUAGGAGGUGUAGAGGGAUUUGUGGAUGGUCCCUUUCAUCUUGCCCGUUUUGCCUCACCCACGGCAUUAUGUUGGCGUAUAGAUAAUGAUGAUGAUGAUAAUGAUAAUAAUAAUGAUCAUCAUCAUUAUAAUAAUAUAAAUGACAAUACAAGUAGUGUAGUGAAAGGAAAAAAAAAUAAUACUUCUCUUUCUACCGUUUUAUUUGUUAGUGAUACCGGUAAUCAUGCUAUUCGAUAUGUGAAUUUCCACACAAAGUUAGUUCGAACAGUUUGUGGAUUGAAUAGAGUCCCCGGUUAUCGUGAUGGGGAUUAUCGUGUUUCCCAAUUACACACCGCUGCUGCCCUUACGUGGUGUUCAUCCGGAUUACUCUUUAUAGAUACAUUUAAUAACGCUAUUCGACUCUUAACGGGAUUUGAUAAGACGAGAAGAGAAACCACAUCGCAAGAAAAGAUUUCUAUUAACACGGCAACUAGAGUCUCAGAGGAAACGAAUAUGGGUAAACGUUAUACCCCGCGUGUGUGGACUGUCGCUGAUGGAUUAAACUACCAUCAUAAUGAUAACAAUAAUAACCAAAAGGAGGAGGAGAAGAAGACGAAGAAGGAAAAGGAAAAGGAAGAGAAGGAAAAGAAGAAAAAGAAGAACAAAUCACCACGUUCCUCAAAUUCCAAAGAAGUGUGUUGGACUUCACUAAAUAUACCUAAUGCGAUGACAAUAAUGCCUGAUGGAAGUGGGGUGUUGUUUACUGAUUCUAGCCAAGACUCAUUGAGUUUGCUCUCUGCUCGUGGUGUGGAGACAUUUAUUGGACCCCGUGAUUAUUCCAAUACCUCAUUGAUACCAAAUGGUUUAAUUGCUUGUUCACAUAUACUUAUCUGUUAUUUAAUCUCUCCUUGUGCUACCCCACGUACGGCAUUCCUUGUAAGUAGUGGUGUACGUCAAACAGUUUCAUUGUUAUUAUCGUGUUCUAAUGUGAAGAGUAAAGAAGAAGCAUUUCAUUUGGCAAAUACCACCACCACUAUAUUCUCUCUAUUUCCACUAGAUACCGUAAAGUUGCAGGAUGGUGUACUGCAUAAGUAUAUACAUGGUGAUGAUGGGAAAGAGGAAAAAAAGAAAAAGAAAAAGAAGAAUAAGAAUAAGAAUGUUCAUGACACAACCAUACAUGAAAGUACCGCAGGUCGUGUGAAAGGAACUGAUGCUAAUACUGUUGUUAUUACUAAUAAUAAUAGUAAUACUACUAAUACUAGUAAUGGUGUUAAUACGGUUCUUGUUUCAGGUAGUAAAAUACCGUUGUAUUCACCAACACAACAAGACUCUUCAUCCUUGCCUAUAUCUACAGGAGUUACUCCUAGUUCAAUAAUGAGUACCCGCUUAGAGAAAGCAGUACAAAGACUCUUUGACGUCUAUGCAUACUACGCUACCAAAGAUAAUAUAGUGCCGCGAAGUAACAAGAAACUAUUCUUGAAAGAUAGUAAUUGGUUAAAUUACAUAGAUGCAACCUACUCACUUUCUCUGGUGGGUUUUUGGCGUUUCUUUACACAUGCUGAAUACUUUACUAUAUGCACGCCUUUAAUCUCUUCUCCUUGUGGUGAACCAGUGGUAGACUCUACCUUUACGUUAAGUGAAGAUGGAGAUCGUAUACGUUGGGGUAUGCAAGAUUGGCGUAUUGUUGUUGAUGUAUUACACCAAUCCAGUGUAAAGCAGAUUGGCUAUCAUGUUGUUUCAACUAUGAAUUUUACUUUCUUUUGUCGGGUAAUUCUUCUAUUAUACUACUGUUUACAGCGGCAGAAAGAAGAAGAAGAAGAAGAAGAAGAAGAAAAAGAAAAGAAAAAAGAGGAAGAAGAGGGGAAGAAGAAGAAAAGACGUGAAGGGAAGAAUAAAGGGGAAGGGUUGGGUGAGGUCCAUACACUUCCAUUAGUCUCUAUUGAUGCACUUAGUGAAAAUGAAGUGAUCAACGCAUAUGAAGAUGCUGUGCAACGCGUGGAAGCCCUCCAUAUUGAUGUUUCUUCACGAAGUGUAUCUCCCACUAUGAAAAGUCCAUCAAAAGAAAAAGAAGUAGAAAAAGAUCAACAACAACAACAACUGCAGCAGCAGCAGCAGCGAGUAGGAUUUUUGGCCGCAGAUGAGGUUUUGCAGCUCUUGUUGCGUAAUGAGAAACCCCUUCGGCAGUUGUUUUAUGCAUAUAGCAAGAAAACUCUUAUUCCUGAUUGUGAUGGUUGUAAUUCCUCUUCUCACACCUCAUUCUCAAAUCCCACUAGAGAGAGACGGAUAACUACACUACGACAAUUGCGUCAGAUGUUAACUACUGGCAAGGAUGGGAAACCAAAGAAAAAAAAGGAGUGGGUAUAUGUUGUACCUUACAAUAGAUUUCAUGCCUUAUUUCGUGCUGUAAAUGUAUUUCCUACACUUAUAAGUGAAUCAUUACUACGACGUGCUUUUGUAGAUGCGUUAGCCGUACCGCUUUUUUAUCGUCUGAAUAGAGAGAGAAACGCAACGAUGCAGUCACAAGAAGAUUCUUCUCUUUUUUCAUUUCCACUAUCACAUGAUGUGGAGAAGAAGUACUCUCGCUGCGGUGUAGCUCUUCCAUUUAUUCCUUUUCUUGAGGCCUUUACACGAGUUGCUCUCACAACCUUUUCCCUCUGUGGUGAGCGUGAUCGGCAGAUGUAUCCAACCGCAGCCGCAAAGGUUGAGGCCCUUAUGAGUUGGAUAAACCGAUCAUUUGAAUUGGGACACGUACAUGAAAAUGGCGCAACAGCAAGUAGUAAAAAAUUUUGUGGACAUGUACGAGGAGGAGGAAGUCAUCAUAACGAUAAUGGGGCUAUUGGUGAACACUCACAUAUGAUCUAUACAACCUAUCCUUGUCAAUCAUCUGUACCUUUUCCUCUGGAUUUUAUCUCGUUUAAUGUUCCCUCACGAUCAGUGAAAUGA